UCCGCUUCGUGCAUUGCCCAAUUCUAGCGACACGUUUUCAUUAAGUGAGUGCGAGUGUGUUUCGAGUGUGUGCGAGGUUUUUGACUUCUGCCUAAUUACCAGUAACAAGCCGUCUAGUACACUGAAACCAUCGGAGAACCCUUCUCAAAUGUGUCACUGCUAAAAACUAAUCGUCAAAGCCGAAAGAAGACCGUCAGCUGGUUGAUUUGCCGAUUCGUUCUGCAGCUGCGGAUACUUGAUAUUCUGCCUAGACUGCAGGCCAAACAAAAGCAGAGGGUGCCUGGCCAUGUGCUACGAGUAACGAGUCGACAACAGUUGUCUUCAUCAACAUCACCAUCGUCACAAAUGCACAACGAAUUCGAGAAACAGUCCAAAUCCGACCACAAAGUGAUCGCCAGCAUGGGCUACAAGAAGGUGCGCUUAAAAGGGAUCGCACUCAUCGUACUCACAACCUUUGUGUUAAGUGUAUCCUCGAAUCGUCCCCCGCGUUUUGCCAUCGAUGGACAGUCGGAGAUUGUUCUCCGCUUAAAAGAAAGUCCCGAGACGCAGGCGGGAAGUCAUAUUUACACAUUAAAGGGCUACGAUCCCGACAACGAUCCGCUGACUUUUGGGAAGCGGAAUUCACACGACAGCGAAAUCAUUCGCAUUGAAAAUAAAGGCGGAAACGAGGCGAAAGUAUUUCUGGCCAAAGAGCUGGAUCGUGAGACACAGGACGAGUAUGCGAUAGUGCUCACACUCACUGACAGUCACUACAGCGAUCACAACUACGUGACGCAGAGCUUCCUGCUUCUCGUUGAGGACAUCAACGACAAUGCACCCAUCUUCCUGCCUUAUCAAAAUGCCAUCGAAAUACCCGAAGGCAGUGCACCGGGUGUCAUCAGCACUCUGGAGGCUACCGAUGCCGAUGAGGGUGCCUACGGUCAGGUGGUCUACUAUCUGCAGGAGCUGGACGGGGAUAAUGAUGUCUUCAGCAUAGCCACGCAUCAGGGCAAAGGCGUCUUGCGACUGCAGCGGCAGUUGGAUUAUGAAACGAAGAGCUUAUAUCAGCUGCGAGUGCUGGCCAUUGAUCGGGCGAAUCAGGGUCCAAUCAACACGGGAACUGCGGCGAUUUUAGUCAAAGUCAAGGACAUUGAGGAUCAGCCGCCUGAGUUUGUCGAGGUUCAGGCGGUGGCACGCAUUGCCGAGGACUCGCCGGUGGGAACAAAAGUGUUGCGAGUGCGUGCCAUCGACGGAGAUCGGGGCAUCAACAAUCCGAUUGCGUAUGCUCUAGAUGGCAACGAUCUCUUCGACAUUGACAGCCACACGGGAGUAGUUUACACCUUGACAGUGCUGGAUCGUGAGGAGGAAAGCGAUCAUGUGAAUGGUGCUCACAUAUUGAGGAUUACUGCUACAGAACUGUCCAAAUCGCCAGAGGCAGCACAACAAGUUCCUUCGACGGUGCGCACAGAGGUGACGAUCAUUGUGACCGAUGUCAACGAUGAGAUCCCUACUUUUGGGGAGCUGCUCUAUCGCUGCGAGGUCAAUGAAAAUGCGCAGACGAAUACGCCGCUGAAUUUUCUUGAUGCCGAAGUGCAGAACGUUGUUUUCGAUCACGAUGAGGGGAAGAAUGGCACAUUUCGUUUGUUUCUCGAUCCGCCGAAUGAUCUGUUUGAGAUUGUGCCCGAGUUGGCGGUGAAUGAGGCCAACUUUAUGCUGCGUGUGAGAAACUCCAAGUCGCUGGAUUUUGAGCAGUUUGUCGAGAUCAAUUUCACGAUAUUUGCACGCGAGAUCGAUGAACCAAGUCGCUGGAGUUCGGCGCACGUGCAAAUCUUUAUACGCGAUCAGAACGACAACUUUCCCGAGUUCACACAAUCGAUCUACAAUGCAGGCGUGCCCGAGAACAGCGAGCAGGGCACGAUCAUUGCCAAGGUAGAAGCGGUGGAUGUGGAUUCCGGAGAUUUUGGCAGCAUGGGCAUACGCUAUACGAAUCUGCGUGGCGGCAUCGCGCACUUAUUAAAUCUGAAUUCCAUAACGGGCGUUAUUUCCAUUAAGACAUCAGGCAGCGCAGCGUUCGAUCGGGAAAUAAUUUCACGUCAUUAUCUGACCGUUGAGGCCAUUGAUAAUGUGGGUCAGGGCAAUCGGAACACGGCGCAGAUAAUUGUGGAUAUUCAGGAUGUUAACGACAAUGCGCCCACCUUUCUGCAGCGACAGUACGAAGCCAAGUUGCUGGAAAACAAAGCCGAAUUUGAGACGCCACUUCAAGUGGAGGCUCGCGAUCUAGAUCUGAAUGGUACUGAGAACAGUCAGAUCACAUACGAGAUUGUUGAGGGUUUGUAUCGCACGAAUUUCACCAUCGAUCCAGAGAGCGGGUUGCUGCGUCCGCUGCAUUACUUUGACUACGAGGAGCUGGUGGACAGCAACCGGCGUCAUGUGCGUCAGGCCAAUGCGGAUAUGCGAGAGAUUGAGUUGCUCAUACGUGCAAGGGACUCGGGUAUUCCAAUGCUGUCAACCGUGGUGCCUGUGCUCAUAUAUGUGCAAGAUGUCAACGAUAAUCCGCCCAUCUUCCAGAAGAGUUUCUACAGCAAAACCGUACCCGAAGACUUGCCCGGUGGCAGCUCUGUGCUACAAGUGCUGGCUAUCGAUCGCGACGGUUCUUCGCCCAACAAUGCGAUCGUUUAUCGCAUACAGCAGGGCGCCAGCGACAAAUUCAUUAUCAACUCGGAAACGGGCGUCAUUUAUGUGGCCAAGGGUGCUAAUCUUGAUCCCGAUCUAACGGAGACCAAGCGCUUGCUUUACACGCUAAAUGUGAUUGCGCUGGACGGUGGUUUGGGCAGCUCACAACUAAUGAACACGGCGACAGUUAACAUCAGCAUCAAAGAUGUGAACAAUAAACCUCCUUUGUUAGGCGAGCUGCCUGCAUUAAGAAUCGUGGAGAACACACCCGUGGGUACUUUGGUAUAUCAGCUGCAGGCGACAGAUCCCGACCAGAAUCCAAUACUGCGCUACAAGCUAAAUGCGGCGAUGUCCGAGGCACGCAACGAGGAGGGCGGUCUGGUGAAGAUCAGCGAGUACGAUUAUCUGGGCGCUUUCGAAUUGGAUGCAAUACAAGGACAACUCAGAGUGAUCAAGCUGCUGGAUCGCGAGAAAGUGGAACACAUCAAGCUGGCCAUCACCGUAGAGGAUUUGGCCGCAGCCAAAGGCAGACAAAUAGUGGAGGCUUUCUUAAGCAUUCAGGUACAGGAUGAGAAUGACAACAAUCCCAAGUUUAGGCAGCCCUUCUAUCGACAUUCCAUCAGAAACAGCAUCAAUGGCGUCAUGAUUGCCAAUGUUUUGGCCUAUGACGUGGACAAAAAUCGUACAAUUUCCUAUGCCUUGGAAGGCAAUCCCGCUUACAGAAAUCUCAUACACCUGGAUGGUCAAACUGGCGCCAUUGUGGUGGCCAACAAAAUCGAUCACGAGCAGCAUCAGUGGCUCAACUUUAGUGUGCGUGCCACAGACUCUGGGUUGCCCCCACGUUCCGCUCUAGUCGAUGUCUAUGUUACUGUGUUGGAUGAGAACGACAACAACCCAUACUUUAUUGGAGGCAGCAAAAAUUACACCAUCAGCGAAAGUGCAGAGCCUGGGACCAGAGUCGCCACCGUACAGGCAGCUGAUGCCGACUCUGGCGACUUUGGCAAGAUCACGUUUCUCAUGGAUCGCAUCAGUUCGCAAGGCAAAUUUACUAUCGAUGCUGACACGGGGGUCUUAACUGUGGCCGACAAGCUCGAUCGAGAGACCAAGAACUCGUACAAUCUGGUCAUCGAGGCGUGGGAUAACUAUCAGUUUGGUUUCCUAGCGGGUGAGAGUCGUAAUGCAUUCAAGCAAGUGUUCAUCACCAUAUUGGAUGAGAAUGAUAAUGCACCGGAGAUUAGCUUGCCUACGAGUUGUGUGCUUAUCACAGAGUAUCACGAACUGCACGAGAGCAUUGCCAGCAUUGUGGGCAAGGAUGCGGAUGAUGCUACCACGCCAAAUGGCCGCCUCGAAAUGUCAAUAAGCCAAGGCAACCGAGAAGGUCUCUUUGAGCUGCGUCAGCUGGAUCCCUGGAACGCGCAAGUCUAUGCCAGUCGGUCACUGCGCAACAAGUUCGGAAAUUAUAGUCUGACCAUCACCACAAAGGACCUGGGAGUUCCCCCCAACAUAGUUCACAAUGCCCUCGACAUAUGUGUGGCGGACUUUAACGAUCAUGCGCCGGUCUUUGUGCGUCCCUUGCACAAUACCACAGUUCGUGUGCCAGAGAAUGCCACAGUGGGUAGCCUGAUACUCCAAGCGUAUGCCAGUGAUGCUGACAUGGGUCAGAAUGCUCUGGUGCGCUAUCGCCUUAAACCUGAUCCGUUAGGCAGCUAUAAGCUUUUCGACAUGAAUGCAAACACCGGGGAAUUAUUGCUUAGAGAGCCGCUGAAUAGGGACAAGCAAAAGAUCCACGAGAUACGCAUCGAGGCCUACGAUCAAGGUUUGCCAACAUCGCUCAGUACCGAUCUCGAUCUUAUAAUCUACAUUCGCAAUGUGAACGACUACGAGCCACAGUUUAUUGUUAACGAGCUAACGGUCAACUUUACGGAGCAUGCGGAUCCUGGCUCGGAAAGAAUCAAACUACCCGAUACCAUAGACAAGGAUGAAAUGGAGCUGGACGAUCCAAAUGAGGCGCCUAGUCAAGUGUGCUACUUUAUACUGCACGGCAACGAAGAGGGUUAUUUCCAUCUCGAUCCCGAGACGCACGUGCUUACCGUGGAGCGUCAAUUGGAUCGGGAACUGACUACCAAUUUUACUCUCUAUGUGAAGGCCACCGAAAAUUGUGCGAACGGCACGCUUCCCGAGUUGGACAUGCUAAACAGCCCAGAGUUGGGUUAUCAACAGGCGCCAAAGAUCAACUACGAUCGCAUUAAGCACUCGCGACAACUGCGCGUAGUCAAUGUGGAAUAUGAAAUGUCCACAUCAUCCGCAGAGCCGGAUCUCGUUUCGUACGAAAACUACAGCGAAGAGGAGAGAAUAGCACAUCCAGAGGAGCCGCUUAAGCUGGACAGCACCGUUGUUAUAGUACAGGUGCGAGUGCUGGACAUCAACGAUAAUCCGCCACGUUUCCGAUCGAAGAUCUUCACUGGCGGCAUUACAACAAAUGCGGACUUUGGUCAGCGAUUCAUGAGCGUUGAUGCCACAGACCCGGAUGAGGGUGCCAAUUCAAAGAUCACUUAUUAUCAGGUGGGAGAGAUAAGGCAAACGCUGUCUGAGGGACUGGAGAAUGUGCGCAAAGCGCCGUUUCUAAUCGAUCGGGAUACGGGUGAAGUGCAGCUCAACUUUGAUCCCCAGAAAGGAAUGAAGGGUUACUUUGAUUUUAUGGUGCUGGCUAACGAUUCGUUAGGAAUGCGUGAUGUCGCACAUGUCUUUAUAUAUUUGCUGCGAGAGGAUCAAAAGGUGCGCUUCGUCUUUCGCCUACAGCCGGAUGAGCUGAGAGCGAGAAUCGACACAUUUAGAGACACGCUGGGCAACAUCACAGAGUCCAUUGUGAAUAUUGACGAAAUCAAGGUGCAUGUGAAUAAAGAUGGUUCAGUAGAUAAAACAAAAACAGAUUUAUAUAUGCAUCUAGUCGAGCGCGAGGACAAUUCUAUCUACGAGGUAUCCGAGGUGCUCAAGCUAAUAGACACGCACAUCGAGAGCCUGGACGAGCUGUUCAAAGAUCUCAAUGUGCUGGACACGCAACCUGCCGAGGCGCAGCUGCUUACCGCUGGUCCAGUCAAGGGUGCCAUGUUCGUCUGGCUGAUCUUUACGAAUCUAUUUAUGGCAUCCUUGCUGGUUGUCACUUUGGCGCUGUGCGCCUCUCAACGCAAAGGUUACAAACGGCAACUGCGAGCUGCCAAAGUCAACAUCUUUCGUGGUCACUCAUCGAUGUCUAUGCAACAUCCUCAUGAACCUGCCACUCGUGUGCCCAACACCAAUAAGCACAGCGUGCAGGGCUCCAAUCCCAUUUGGCUGAAGGGCUACGAGAACGAAUGGUUCAAAACCGAAGAGACUCUGAGCGUUGGCGGUCAGGACUCUUUGGAUGACAAUUUCCUAGCAGUUGGCACUCAGGAUAUGCACGAAACGCUUAAGGGCACCGCCAAGCUCUUUAACAACACUAAUGAUCUGAAUCGGCAUUUCAAUCUGUACAAUCAAAUCGAUAAGCUAACGAAUAAUGCUCAAAUCCUGGCGCGAAAACUCGAGACAACCGAGUUAUAGCGUCCAGAGUACUCAACAGUCUAUUUAUUGUACUACUUAGUCCUAGUUGCUACUACAAUUAAGUCUAACUUAAGCG